GAACAUGCUUGCCAAUUCAGCCAGUGUGCGGAUUCUCAUCAAGGGAGGCAAGGUUGUGAAUGAUGACUGCACCCACGAGGCUGAUGUCUACAUUGAGAAUGGCAUCAUCCAGCAGGUGGGCCGUGAGCUCAUGAUCCCCGGAGGGGCCAAGGUGAUUGAUGCCACUGGGAAACUGGUGAUCCCUGGAGGCAUCGACACCAGCACCCACUUCCACCAGACCUUCAUGAACGCCACAUGCGUGGACGACUUCUACCACGGGACCAAGGCAGCACUAGUUGGAGGUACCACCAUGAUCAUCGGCCAUGUCCUGCCUGACAAGGAGACUUCCCUUGUGGAUGCCUACGAGAAGUGCCGGGGUCUGGCUGACCCCAAGGUCUGCUGUGACUACGCCCUCCAUGUGGGGAUCCCCUGGUGGGCACCCAAGGUGAAAGCAGAAAUGGAGACCCUGGUGAGGGAGAAGGGUGUCAACUCAUUCCAGAUGUUCAUGACCUACAAGGACUUGUAUAUGCUUCGGGACAACGAACUGUACCAAGUGUUGCACGCUUGCAAGGAUAUUGGGGCGAUCGCCCGGGUCCAUGCUGAAAAUGGGGAGCUCGUGGCCGAGGGUGCAAAGGAGGCGCUAGAUUUGGGUAUCACAGGCCCAGAAGGAAUUGAGAUCAGCCGUCCAGAGGAGCUGGAAGCAGAAGCCACUCACCGAGUUAUCACCAUUGCAAACAGAACUCACUGUCCCAUCUACCUGGUCAACGUGUCCAGCAUCUCGGCCGGUGACGUUAUAGCAGCUGCUAAGAUGCAAGGGAAGGUCGUGCUGGCCGAGACCACCACCGCGCACGCCACACUGACGGGCUUACACUACUACCACCAGGACUGGUCCCAUGCAGCCGCCUACGUCACAGUGCCUCCCCUGAGACUGGACACCAACACCUCAACCUACCUCAUGAGCCUGCUGGCCAAUGAUACGUUGAACAUUGUGGCGUCAGAUCACCGGCCUUUCACCACGAAGCAGAAAGCCAUGGGCAAGGAGGACUUCACCAAGAUCCCACACGGCGUGAGCGGCGUACAGGACCGCAUGAGCGUCAUCUGGGAGAGAGGCGUGGUUGGAGGAAAGAUGGAUGAGAACCGUUUUGUGGCUGUUACCAGUUCCAAUGCAGCAAAGAUUCUCAACCUGUAUCCCCGCAAAGGCCGCAUCAUCCCUGGAGCCGAUGCCGACGUGGUUGUGUGGGACCCAGAAGCCACAAAGACCAUCUCAGCCAGCACCCAGGUGCAGGGAGGAGACUUCAACCUGUACGAGAACAUGCGCUGCCAUGGUGUCCCCCUGGUCACCAUCAGCCGGGGGCGGGUCGUGUACGAGAACGGCGUCUUCAUGUGCGCUGAGGGCACCGGCAAGUUCUGCCCCUUGAGGUCCUUCCCAGACACUGUCUACAAGAAGCUGGUCCAGAGAGAAAAGACCUUAAAGGUGAGGGGAGUGGACCGCACUCCCUACCUGGGGGAUGUAGCUGUCGUUGUGCAUCCUGGGAAAAAAGAGAUGGGAACGCCACUCGCAGACACCCCUACCCGGCCUGUUACCCGACACGGAGGCAUGAGGGACCUUCAUGAAUCCAGCUUCAGCCUCUCUGGUUCUCAGAUCGAUGACCAUGUUCCAAAGAGAGCCUCAGCUCGGAUCCUCGCUCCCCCCGGAGGCAGGUCAAGUGGCAUUUGGUAA